AAAGUAGACGUGGCAGUGACGUCAAUUCCGGAAAUGACCCGGAUCAGAACUUUAACUGUAGGGCUGGUUACUUCUCAUUAGAAACAUCGAGAAGCCUCGUUAAAAAUGGUGUGAUAUCGACUCAAACAUGCGUUUGUUCAUGAAGGAGAGUCCACCUCGGAUGUAGGUUUGUCGGCACAUCUGGUGGCCUUGCUGUUUAUUAUUCCCCAGACCGGCUUCAGCGUCCAGCGGUCCACAGCGCGGUUCUGACCGUUCAGCCGGCGGCGCGAUGACGUGCCGCGACCGAACCCUGGAGUUCCAGUCCGCCUGUAAAUCUCUGCAGGGCAGACAGCAAAAUGGAGUGCAGCCCAGUAAACCAGCUCACAACGCCCUCAGGCAACACAGUGACUUCACACUCAUGGCCAAGAGAAUCGGAAAAGACUUGAGCAACACGUUUGCCAAGCUAGAAAAGCUCACCAUAUUGGCCAAAAGAAAAUCUCUGUUUGACGACAAGGCGGUGGAGAUCGAGGAGCUCACCUACAUCAUCAAGCAGGACAUCAACAGUCUGAACAAGCAGAUCGCGCAGCUGCAGGACCUGGUGAGGUCCAGGAGCGCUCCGGGCGGCCGACACAUCCAGACCCACUCCAACACCAUCGUGGUCUCCUUACAGUCAAAACUGGCAUCCAUGUCUAAUGACUUCAAAUCAGUCCUGGAAGUCCGAACUGAGAACCUGAAGCAGCAGCGCAGCAGGAGAGAGCAGUUCUCCCAGCCUCCUGUGGCCACUUCUCCUAUGAUGGCCAACAACUUCAGGAGCCGCAAAAAAGGGGCCCAGGAGCCGCAUGCAGCUCGCGAGCCGCGCAAUGACUACCAGGGCUAUGCCGCCUCAAAUUUAAAAGAGAGCUCGGUCCUGAUGCAGGACGAGUCCCGGAGCAUGGGGGACGUGGCCAUCGACAUGGACUCGCAGAGCAACCCGCUGCAGCUCCAGCUUAUUGAUGAGCAGGACUCGUACAUCCAGAGCCGCGCCGACACCAUGCAGAACAUCGAGAGCACCAUCGUGGAGCUGGGCUCUAUAUUCCAGCAACUGGCUCACAUGGUGAAGGAGCAGGAAGAGACCAUCCAGAGGAUCGACGCCAACGUGGAGGACACGCAGCUGAACGUGGAGGCCGCUCACACAGAAAUCCUCAAAUACUUCCAGUCGGUCUCCUCCAAUCGUUGGCUGAUGAUCAAGAUCUUCCUUGUCCUCAUAGUGUUCUUCAUCAUCUUCGUCGUCUUUUUUGCGUAAAAGAGAAAACGGGGGGGCGGGCGGGGGGGGGUACGGCUGAAAGCGAGGGGAAAGCACAUCGGGUGAAGCUAAAGCUGGACCCCCGGAGAUGCGCACGUAAACACGCCGAGCGGACUUCUUUCUAACGGUUUGACGGAGGCUCAGGACUGAUUUAAACAAACAUGGACUCGACUAAUUCUUUCCAAGCGGCGGACUCGUCGUUCAACGCGUCAGGAGAAACGAAGAGAUGGAGCUUUGUUCAAAGACGACAAAGAAACGAUGUGAAAUCUCCACGGUUUGUAGCGAGGGGAAAACCGCUCUGCAUCCUACUUUGACCAACUAUUUGUAAACAUUUAAUCAAAAAUGGCUGUAAUUUAAUAGUUUGAUUCUGCAAACUGUCUUAUAGUUUAGUUUUUUUUUUCUUCUUUACCCCUGUUACUUUAUCAUCUUUUUCUUUUCUUUUUUUUUUUAAUUUCCGAGCCAAACAGUAGAACCGGAAUCUAUCCUCAUAUUACUUUGCUUCGUUUUACUGGGAGAGAUGAUCUCUUAUCUAAUCAUUAUUCCUAAAGUCACCCUUCAUUUAUGCUGUGAAACAUGUCUUACCCAGUUACAUUUUGUUCUUGCUUUCCAAGGUUGUUUUGCCAAAAGCGUACUCCCCUUUAACUCCGUCGCCCGCUACCAAGAUGCCCGAGAAGUCAGGGGACAUGCCGGCAGAACUCAAGGCGGCAGAAUAAUUCCCACGCAAAGUAAAGAAUUAAAUAAAACCCAGUUUUCACUGGAAAUGUCUACGGGCCGACGAGGCACUUUGAAUUAUUAAAGGGAUUAAGACUGGCUCACGCUGCGCCCCAGAGAGGAUCAGUGCUGAUGAAGGGGUUUCUCUGCUAAUGAAGUGACUAAAGCUGCCAGAUUCCCUGGAAGUAUCUGGUUGGUAGCCUCCCCUCUUUAUCUAAUGUACAGGAUGUUAUUUAAAUGAUAGACUCUUUUUAAGAAGAAGGAAGACAUGGCUCCUAAUCCCCUCCCAGUUUCAUUUUUUUUUUUUUUUUUUUUUUUUUUUUUUUGCCAAACGCCUUGACUUUAUUGUACAAUGUGCAAAUAGUUCUAAUGAUGUAUCGAUGGGAGAGUGCCCGAAAAUAAAACAAAAUGGGAUCCUGGCA